AUAACCCGAAACUGAAAAGGACUCAUAAAUCGAUUUUUUAAUAAUUGGUUUUAUAUCGAUCAAACCUUAUUUGUUGUAAGGUCAUCAUUAAUGUGAUAUGACUGUGCGGUUCAGCGGUUGUCAUGGCAACUGACAACUUGUUUGGCGACGUAAACAAAUGAAUUUUGUCUAUCGGAACAAAACGUGGUGAUAUUUUGAUUAUACAAAACCCUAUUCUAUUGAAGACAUUUUUAAAAUGAUUUGUAAAAUCCAUAUUUACUUGAAAUAUAAGUGCACGUUGAAAUAAAUAUUAUAUCGUAAGUACGUUGAGAUGUAUGAUUUAAGUUGUUUUUUUUUUAAUAAAAAAAAUGUUUGUAUUUCGUCCAACACUUCAUUCGUUGCUUGGUUUACCAAUAUACAAUAUAAUCGAUAUCUGUGAUUUUAAAUUUCGUUCGUCAUGCUACGGUAUUCAAAUUAGGUUGUAACGAUUUGAACAUAAUUUUGCAUAAUAUUCGAGACUUGCCUCUGCUAGGUAUUUCACAUGAAUUUAUGUUAUUUCAGAGUCAAGCUGUAGUGUAAGGCGGUUUGAGAAUGAAUCACAACGUUGCUAACGUGAAAAGGGAUGAAAAAAAGAAGGAUGUACCGAAAGUGGCGAAAAAGAGUCCGGAAAAAAAUAUGUCAGAGAUUGAUGAGCAUAUAUUAAAAAGGUUUGAUAUAAAAAAGAGAUUGGGCAAAGGCGCUUACGGCAUAGUGUGGAAGGCAGUAGACAAGAAGAGCAAGGACGUCGUGGCCAUAAAGAAGAUUUUUGACGCGUUCAGAAAUCAAACAGACGCGCAACGGACCUUCCGUGAGAUUAUCUUCUUGCAGUCGUUCAGGAAUCAUCCUAACAUCGUUAAAUUACACAGUAUACACAGGGCCCUCAACAACCGGGACAUCUACCUCGGCUUCGAGUACAUGGAGACGGAUCUGCAUAACGUGAUCAAACGCGGGAACAUCCUCAAGGACAUCCACAAGCGGUACAUCAUGUAUCAAAUGCUGAAGGCGACCAAAUACAUACACUCGGGGAAUGUGAUACAUAGAGACCAGAAGCCGAGUAACGUGCUCAUUGAUAGCGCUUGCAGGGUGAAAAUAGCAGACUUCGGUUUGGCCCGCUCUGUGUCCGCAAUGUACUCGGGCGGGGAGGACGGCGCCGACCCUUGCCUCACCGACUACGUCGCCACGAGGUGGUACCGCGCGCCUGAGAUACUCAUUGCUAGCAAGAACUACACAAAGGGCAUAGACAUGUGGUCUUUGGGAUGCAUUUUAGGGGAGAUGUUGACGGGCAAGCCUUUGUUCCCGGGAUCUUCCACCGUCAAUCAGAUCGAGAGGAUCAUGGGUGCUCUGCCACGGCCAUCCUCCGAAGACAUCGCAACAGUCUGCAGCGGCUACGGUUCCUCUCUGAUCCGAGAGCAGGCCGCCACCAACGCCGGGGGAGCGAGCCUCAACGCGCUGGUCUCCUGCGCCCCUCGCGACGCGGCGGACUUGGUGCACCAGCUGCUGGUGUUCAACCCGGCCAAGCGGCUGAGUGCUGAACGCGCUUUGCAUCAUGAAUACGUUGCCAAAUUUCACCGUGAAAAAGACGAACCAAUCUUACCAUCGGACGUCCUCCUACCACUGCGAGAUGAUAAGCAGAUGUCAGUGGACGACUACAGGAACAAACUGUACAGCAUCAUGGCCAAGGGCUUUCAGAAUCACACCAGCCAAUUAAGAAAACCACAUUCCAGCAAAUCUCAGACUGUCGGAACAACAAUUAAAAGCAAGAGUUUCCAAGAAACGUCUGAGCUCUCGAAAUCCUACGCCAAGUCGAAACUUUUAAGUGUCUCAGCUGACCAAAAAGUGAGACCUAAACCGAAAGUCGAAAAACCACUCAAAGAAUACCGCUCUGACCAAUGUAUUGGGAAACCUCUCAAAGCUACCAAAUUAUUUGAAAACAGAGGCCACCAAGAUUGGAUGGUGAAUUGCCACGGUGAUUACUUUCAACCAGUGACGAGACAAAGUCCAUCCGAUGCUGGGUACAUGAGUGGGGGUAAAAAAGUUGUUCAACAAAGGAGAAAUUCCACAUCUUUUUCCACCAUAACCAUCGGUGGUGAUGGCUAUGGUUUUGGAAACCAGAAGCAUGGAGUCAUAACUGCAAGUGCACUCAUGGAUCUAAGAACGAGCAUUCGGUGAAAAGAAGCGUAAACUAUUGGUAGAAUCUCUUAGUAUAAUAAUUAGUGUGGAUAGUUUUUUUGGAUUGGAUUUUAUAGUGUUAUUUUUUUUCAAUUGAUGUGUUAUACAACAUUUAGAAACAGCUCUUUAGGAAUAGAGAGGCUAGAGAGAUCUAGAGAGGUUUCAGUUGUCUAUACGUGGUAAUCUCGUUACUUUCGAAUUGAUACUAAAACACUACUGUAUACUACUGUUUGUGUCGUUAAAAAUACGAAUACCGUUUAUCGACAUAAAUUCCUUUAUAAAUGCCUAAAUAUUUUCUAGUGCAAGAUUGAUUUGUUUUGCUAUUCUCUGCUAAAAAAAACAACUAUUUCAAGUGAAACUCUGGAAACCUGAUGGGAUUUCUUUUUCUCCUGGUUCUUCACCUGAUAGCUACAACUUGAACACGCUCAAAACAUGAGUAAUAGUUGAGUUCAAUAAAACUCUCUUACUAAAUAAAAGGGCAAGUGAAAAUCUUGUACCAUUUUAUUUGUAUUUUUGUACUAAACUGAUAAUGUAACCACCAUAAACAUUUUCUAGUCAUUCGUUAUUAAAGUCUACAACAGACAAAUGUUUUAUUUUCUCGAUAUUUUCUAGUCAUUACUGAAUUACUGAUGCUUUGUUCAGCCUGACCAAAGAAAUAAAAAAUUUCGUCAUUUUGCGGAAAUUAUACGAAGUAAUUUCUUUAAUUAGCAAUUAUUAUUUAAAAAAUACUUGUGGCCCCCAGCGUUUGUAUUUCUGGUCAGGUAUUCUACAAACUUCGAAAAUAUUUGUGUUUAAUAACUUUUAAAUGUCGUAUUUUUUUUAUUGAGCGUAUAGUGUAUCUAAAGCAAUUUAGCCAAGACAUGCAAAUGGAAUUCUUAUGAAGUACUCGAAUAUUUUAGAUGGAUAAUUUUAAGUAGGGUACUCUUUCCGCAGCAGGUUCAAAUCCGAAAAGUCUCAGGUUUAGUCUAAUAUUGUAAUACCUAUUUGGGAGACCCAGAUGUGUUUUUAACCCCCACGCAAGGGGUGUUAUAAGUUUGACGUGAUGUGUUGACCUCGUGCUGCAACCAGGAUGGUCGCCAGAUAAUCCGACUCUUGGAAAACUGACAUCGUUAGGUUCUAUUGAACCUAAAUAUAACCUAUACCUACCAGUGGCGAAUGAUGGAGUUUUGACGAAGGAAAGCCAUCCCAAAGAAAAGGAAGUUCUUAAUGCUUGAUACAAACUCCGGUUUCUCAUUCCAUCAGGUUUUUAAUAUUUAAGAAGCUUGUUUAGUCAGUAAAUCGUGAUCGUGUGUAGAAAACGUUUCUUUUUAGCUGAGCCAUACCCUGUGCUUUAAUAUUUACCCGACUGCGUCAGAAGGAGGGUAAUGUUUUUCUUCUAUUAAUACUUUCUUUGACAAUUAAUAUUGUCUAAACUCAAAAACAUCUCUGAAGAGUCUCAACACAUCACGCAAGCAAAGCUUUACUAUGGCUUGUUUUUAAAUUUAGCUCUAUUACGGUUUCAGUGAGGAAUAACUCCUAUAGUCCAGCAGCUGGACUAUUUGCUAAUAGCUUAUCUGGAUUCGAUCCAAUUCUUAUAAAUCUCGAUUAUCCCAGAUUCGGAUUCGACGCUGUGCGGAAAGUAUCUUAACGAGUGUUUGUAGACUAUUAAAUUUAGAUUGAGAUCUUUUUAAAUUUAUAAGUGGACGAUCUAACCGAGGCAUAUUUUAACGAACAGUUUGGCGUGGUUGCGUCGCAUAUAAACCUUGAUGCCCUGGGUUCGAUUCUCAGUUUGACUCAAUUUUGUAAUUUAUAUAUUUUUAAACUGCCUCAAGACUUGCUCGGUGAGAGGCUACGGCGGUGGUUAGUAACCACUCUACUGGCGAAGACAUGCCACUUAGCGACUUGGUGUUCCGGCAUGAAGCGUCAUAGAAACUGUGAAUGCGGCGUGUCUGACUAUCGCAGGCUCGCGGUCCUAAAUAUAAUUUAAAUAAAGCCUAUAUGAAACGUGUUUGUAUUCGAUAUAAUGACUAAUUAUGCUGACCUACUUUUUACCUAUGUAUGAAAUUCACAACACUGCCAUAGAACAAGAAUUAACUAAACCUAUAAUGUUGGUGAUAUUAUAGUAAUAAUAAAAUUGGUUAUU